CUAAUCUUCAAACCUCUAUUUCCCCUUCUUUUGCCCCUUUAGUUUGACUGCAUCAAAUAUCCUAUGAUGUUUCACAUGAUUUUAUUUGGAAGAUUCUUACGUUUUAACGUCCAAAACAUUUAAAUUUUUAUUAUUUUUGUGUACUUUCUGCACAUGCUUCAAUCUAUCUUCUUCUCUUUUUGUUUUCAGUUUUUUGUUAUUGGAAAUAUGUGUUAUUGCUAUGUUUUGGAAAAUUAGCUUCAAACAUUGGCAAAUAGUUUCAUUUUUAUUUUACUCAACGAUUUGUAGCAUUUCUGGGUACGAACCUAAUUUUAAGAGCAUUAGUAUGAAUUGGCGAAAAUUAACUGGUGGGGUCAAAUUUAACUAGCUUUACACUGCGAUGUUGUUUCCUUGGAACCUUAUAACUGGAACCACGUGAGAAAGCAGAAGCUAGUAUAUUUUUAUUUUAUACAAUCAGAAGCUAGUAUUUAUUGCUGAGGACAUGGGUAUCGAAUGUGAAAUUUUACUGAUGCAACACGCCACCAAACACACACUUAGAAGAAGCUCAUCAAGAAACUGAUUGUUAAUCAGGGGAUUAUAUUCUUGGACUGUAAUCAUUUUAUAAUGUUCCUUAACAAAUAUUAGCUUUAAAUUUCUUGAUGCAGUACAUGGGAUCUAUAACUAACAACUAUUAACCAAUGUUUUAAAUUUCUUGAUCACAGCCACGGAGACCUCAAAAAGCACAAUACUAUAGUUGCAGUUGCUGUUCUAGAGCACAAUUUAAAACCCUGCAAGUAUCAACACCGAGAGAACUAUACUUGCUCAAACUUAUAAUGUUUUGGUUACAUUGCUAGUGAUUACAGUAGAUUGCAGUUUGGCUCUAAAACACUUAUCUAGUGGCUACAUUCUCAGUGGCAGUAAAAGGAAUAUUUUGGAAACAAAAGUGUGUUAACUUUAUUAUUAGCAUCAUUGUUUAUCUAUUAGGAUGCCGCAGCAGGAUAUCACUGAUACAACCAGUCUCAGUUAUUGGUUAAAUUGGAGGUUCUACCUGUGUGCAGUUAUUGUUUUGCUGUCUAUGGUCCUUGCAUUUCUUGUAAUAUGGAAGCAUAAAGGUUCAAGGCUAUUCAGAUCUGUUAAAGGAGAAAAUCAGCAAGAUGGGACUUUGUCCGGUGAUGAAGCAUGGAAACCAUGCCUUAAAGAAAUUCACCCAGUUUGUUUGCUAGCUUUUCGUGUUAUUGCAUUCUCUUCUCUUUUGGCAACAUUAAUCGCCAAAAUUCAUAUUAAUAGUGGCUCCAUAUUUUUUUAUUACACUCAGUGGACCUUCACUCUAGUUACGAUUUAUUUUGGGUGUGCAUCUGUGCUAUCAAUGUAUGGGUGUUAUCAGCAUAAAAAAUCAAGCACCGUCAUUAAUGUUAAUAUUGCUAGAAUGGAUGCAGAGCAUGGGCCAUACAUGCCUCUCUUACACCAGGAUUCUACAAACCUGUCUAGAAUGGAAGACCUUGCUGAUCCCCAUGCUGAAAUACACAAGAAUCAAGUUGCACCAAUCUGGAGUUAUAUUUUUCAAAUUUUAUUCCAGAUGAAUGCAGGGGCGGUGAUGCUUACAGAUUCCGUUUAUUGGUUCAUUAUAUUUCCAUUUCUUACUUUGAGGGAUUACGAUUUUAACUUCAUGACAGUGAACUUGCAUACUCUAAAUGUUGUUUUGCUCCUUGGAGAUGCAGCUCUAAAUUGUCUGAAAAUACACUGGUUUGGGAUAUCUUUCUUUGUGUUAUGGACAAGUUUAUAUGUCAUUUUUCAGUGGGCUAUUCAUGCUUUCAUCUGGAUUUGGUGGCCAUACCCAUUCCUUGAUUUGUCAUUACCCUAUUCUCCAUUGUGGUACUUUUUGGUUGCAUUGUUACAUAUUCCAUGUUAUGGCUUGUUUAAGCUGAUUGUAGAAAUGAAAUAUUAUUUCUUGUCGAAAUGGUUCCCUUCCUCUUGUCAGUUCUAAAAAUUGAGUAGUAUCUGAGUUGGAUCCCUCGAGAGCCAGAAGCAGUUUGGGAACGGAAACUGCAUUCAGCUCUCCCAGCUGCAUAGUGGAUGGUUGAGCUUGGUUACAUGCUCAUGGCUCAAACAAAUUACUUGUACUAAGCCAAUGUGGUAAUUUGAAGCUUCAUGAACUGAGUUUAAUUCUGCUACCAUUCAACUGCUUCCCAGACCAAAAGGGGAAGCAGGGUUUAUGUAGGAACAAAUAGAGGAAGGAGGUGUUUGUUUUAUGGUACUAUUGUUCUAUUCCUCAAUAUAGUUGGAAUCAAGUUUUCUGUGGGAUUAUCAGAGUACCCAGCAACCUAUGGAGUUACAGGUGUGGAUUUGUGUUCUUGAUCACGAGUCUGACGAGAUGAUGUAUUCCCAUUCUUGCUGAAGAACAUUGGGACAUCUUUGUAUUGUUUAUUUCUCAUUUGAGGAAGUUAAUAUUAGCUGAACUGAAAAUGCGUUCAUUUUUUUAGAACUGCUCAUCUGCAGCAAUAACAUGGUAAGUUCACUGA